AUGGCCGCCGCGCAUCACCCUAGCGACAAGUUUUAUGACUCAAAGAUGUUUAAGAAUAGGCUUCUCUCUCCACCACCAGGCUUGGGCAUAGCCAGCGCCGCCAACGAUGAGACAUACAAAGGCCAGUACAUAGGCAGAUUGUCAACGCUGCAUCAUGACGUCACCGGAGAUGUUUACGCCGUGGACAACAUCACCGUCUUCAUCGAGGGAUUCACGUACGACGGGGAGGCACCGGAUGCUUUCUUCUUCGCCGGAAACCGCGAAGCAGAGCCGUCGAACCGCGGAUUUAUCAUUCCCGAUGAGCGCGGAAGAACCCAAGUCCUGGGCCCCUACCGCAACAAGAACCUGGUGCUCAGAUUCCCAGUUACCAAGAAAGGUCAAAGGUCACUCAACGAUGUCCAGUGGAUCUCCGUGUGGUGUAGGAAGUUCUCGAUUGACUUCGGCCAUGUGAAGAUUCCCAAGAACGUGGCGUGGCCGGAGCCGCAGGUUGCCGCUGGUCUCCAGAGCGACCGACCCAUCGUCAGGUCAUCAGCCGUCAGGGUCACCGACAUGAACACCUUCAAGAUUGAUGACUUCACCUUCGACGGCACGGUCCAAGACGCCAUCUUCGUCAUGGGCAGCGGCGACGCAGAGGCCAGCGGGGUUCAGGUCAUGGACGAGAAGGGCACCGACCACGCCCUCAAGAAGUACAGCAAGAGGACCCUCCUCCUCACCAUCCCCCCGGAGGUCCGCGGGCAGCCUGUGCAGUACUUCGGCGUCUGGUCUCCCUCCAAGGGCAUGCUGGCUUCCGUGACCUUUGACCCUGAUGCCCACAUUCCCCCCUCGGUUAAGUCGCUUCUUUAGGAUUUUACGCUUAGGUUGAGGUGGAUGAAGUGUGGAAGUGGAGCUGGGUGUGGUGGUUGGAGAGGUGGAGGAGGAGGAGACAAAGGCAGUGGUCGAGACGGAGGAGGAGGUGGAGGAGGAAUGAGAAGAAGAGGAGAAGUUAAGAAGAGCAAGAGGUGAAGAAUGAGGAUGAGAAAGAGAAAAAAGAUUGAGAAAAAGAGGUUAUAAAGAGAAAAGGAUAUUUUUUGUUUUUGUUUUUGUUUUUCUCUAUCAAGAGCAUGAAAGAUCUUUAAAAAUACACUUUCAUUGCACGAUGUCCCACCACACUUGAAUUACAUUAGUUCUUAGUUUUAUAGAAAUCUUAAUUUCAUCUCAGUACCUACAUUUUCUAAUGAAAGGGGAGUUUAGUUUUGUCACCCCUUAAAACUAUGUUCCUAAAAAAGAAAAUGGAACUCAAACCACUACUUUCUUGUACGUUAAAUGAAAAAAAGAAAAAAACGUAUUUAAAACACCAAAUAUCUAUGCAGUACACACAAACAUCCUUAUAAAUCCCGUCUUAUAGAUAUCCAUGCAAGGUUUUCGAAUAAUAAAUGUUGAACGUAUAAGAAACAAACAAGCAAAACAUCGGUAACAGUUCUACCAAUUAAUAUAUUUUCUUCAUGUUUCAAGAGGAUAUAUAUUCGAAAUUAAGUAUGCUUUUUUUUCAUAAUUUUUUUUAUUCUUGUACAUUUCUAUGUCCACGAACAGAAUAUAUAAUGUGUGCGUUAAGGUUAAGUGAUUCAUGUAAACACACUGGCAUUUUAACGUAUUAACAUUUUAUCUUCUUUUCGAAAAUAUGAAGAAAAACGAACCAUUAUUUUUUUUUUCGUUGCUUUACAUUUUACACAUAAAAGACAACAAGGAUGUUUUAACAAAAAAAGAAAGAAAAAAAGAAAAGAAAAGAAGAAGAAGAAGAAGAAAAUGUAUUUUCCGUUCUAUGGAAAGGCCACUUUUGAAACAGUGACAAACAACAAAGAAACAAAAAAACGAAAGACCCUACAUCCGCUUGUGUGUACGUUCGGCUGCGUGUUUUACAGAUGUGUACGUUUAUGAACAAAAACAAUGUAUGUGGAGCAGGCUUCAUUUGAUUACAUGUUAAUAAACUUGUUGAGAAAAA